GGAGUUUGUAAAGAACCUGCAAUCUAUUUGUAUCUUUCAUGCUAAUGUUUUUAAAAUUUUGGAUUAAUAAAUUCAUUCAACAAUUUUCUCCGAAAAAUGAAAAGGAAAAAAUAUAUAUAUUUUUAAGGUUAUAGUUAUAAUGGAAUAUUUCUAAAUUAUCACUUCACGUCUGAUAAAAAGGGAUUAGUUGUUGGAAAAUAUUUUAAAUUUUAAUUAUUUGUAUUUAUACAAACGAAAUGUGACAAAAAAUGUGGACGUUUAUAGUUAAAAUAUCAUGAUUCUAAGGAUUUUAUUGACUUUUAAUCUGAUGCUUUAUAGUACAGUUUAUUCAGAAGAAAGGACAAAAAGAAGUUGUAGUAGUGGCUGUAUACGGUGUUCAGAAGUGAACGGAUGUUAUAAAUGUAGACCACGUUUGUUUUUGUACCUUGCCCGUACAGGAAUGAGGCAGACUGGACAUUGCAUACAUAGUUGUCCUAAGGGGUAUUUUGGAGUUCGACACGAAGACUAUAGUAUUUGUAAUAAAUGUCAGCUAGAACACUGUAAUGCAUGCUUUAGUAAUAGCUAUUGCACCCAGUGUAAACAUCCUUACAUAUCAUACCGUGGACGUUGUACUGAAAGUUGCCCGGAUGGACUUUAUUACGCUAAUUACUCAAAAGACUGCCGCCUUCUUGUGGAUUGUAUGGCUGGGCCAUGGUCGUCGUGGACCCCAUGUGCUAGAAAUGGUCAAACUUGUGGUUUUAAAUAUGGUAUUACCACGAGAUCUCGUGAGAUUCUAGAACACCCUUCACCAAAUGGAGCAACAUGUCCAUCACUUGUAGAAAACAGGUGCUGCAGGAUGGAAAUGAGACACUGUGCAGAUAUUCUUCACAAUCAAUCUGAGUUUACAAAGUGGAAAUCCUUAUCAAAACACGACAGAAAAAUACUUCGUCGUCGGUAUAGGCGACGGAAGAGGAGGAAACACAAAAAGAGACACAAACUAAGAAAAAGGAAGAAGAAAAAUGAAACAAGAAAAGAAAAACAAAGAAAUAAAGAUAAAAAGAGACAUAAAAAGAAAAAUAGAUUAAAAAAUAAGCGAAAAAGGCGACUAAUGCGACGAAAAGAAGCCUGGAAAGUUUUUUGUGGAAAUGGAAUCGUGUUUAAUGAUCUGAACUCUAUUCCUUUACUGAACUAAUGGUCGCACCUUCAAAGUAUUUCUUUAUCACUCAACCAAAUGAAUCUGUCAAAACACAGUGGUCCCUAGUCGCAAUCGGUCAUUGUUAAAUUGAAUUCUUCCCAGCCACCAUUCAUUGUUGAAUUAUGUUCUUUUGAUGGGUUCUUAUUUCAGUUUUGUGCCCAAUGAAAUUAUAAAAUUGUUAUUUGAGAUUUUCAGCAUCAAUGCAACACGAUUUGUGCUUGAAAGUUCAUUAUAAGAACUGCACAACUAAAUGAAACCGUUCUUAUGCUGAUUUACCAACUAAUACUACUGUAUUUUCAAAAAGAUAGAUAAAUAAAUAAAUGCGUAGAAAAUCUUCAGAUAUUAAUAUUCUUGACAACUAUUUUGUAUAAGUUAUCAAUUAAAAUUUUUAAUACUUUACGUCCUCAGAAACAAGUCAAUAGAGAAACAUAUGUGAGAGUUUAUAAUUAUUGCAUAUAUCCUUACAAUUACACCACUUCACUACAUAUGAAAAUUUGAAGUGUUAUCAGCUGAUUAAAGCGUGUAAAAUUUUGUGUUCAAUUUAUACGAUUUUCUUCAAUAUAAAUACCUUAUAUUUUUUAGUUCCUCUGGCUUUUCUGAGAUUGAUUGAAUGCAAGAAUGAAUGAAAGAAAAAUAGCAAUCUUCAAUGUUCACUUUGUCUUUCAAUGUUGCAAACGACUAUUUUAAAUAAUCUAGACAACACCACAGGUAAUUGGUGUACAAUUUGUAUAUUGGUAAAAUAUGAAAUCGGGUCGCAUACUUGUUUUAGCAUUGUAUAUAAUCUGACAUUAUGUAUAUUUUGAACAGAUUAUGAUUCAUUGGAUUCAUUGACCGUUACAACACCAGGAGAAGGCCAGUGUUCUAUUGACAACGGUUAACUGCAGUUUGUAUUAUGUGUAUGUAAAAAAACGCAACAUGUAUACAGUUGGAAGUAUUUAAACGGACAAUGUAUGAAAAGCAUUUAUGUUUGAAAUUAUAAACUAUUGUACAGAUUGUAGUCAUUUUCGUAUAACAUUAUGACUUGUGAGUUUUAAUUUUUUAACAUAAAAAUGAAACUCAUGACAACACUAAUAUGUUUAAUCCUCCAUUUAAAAUACUGAUCUAGCUAGCAGAAAUAUCUUAAAAGUUUACAAGAUUCAUAAAAUAUACCAUUGAAAUUGAUGACUGAUGCUCUUUUAAUAAGAGUUCUGCGGGACAAUAAUUUGUUCAGAUUAUAUAGUUUGAGAUGUUUCAGUGAAUUCCGAAUUACUUUUGUAGAUUGGUUUCAUUGCUUUAAGAUCGAAUAAUACAAAUAACAAAAAUGAGAUUUACAAUAAACAUUUCGCAUUCCAUUAACACCAUAAAGUAUUGGUUCCAGUUUACAGUAAUUAUAUUUAGGUUAAAUUGAAUUCAACAUUGGUAUCCAAGGAUAGUUACUGUAGUAGUAUGCGAUAAAAUUCCGAAAAAAAAUAUAUUACAAUUGAAGCUAUCUAUUUUGUCUUGUGAGUAAAAUGAGAUGUGCAUGCAAUUUGACAGCAAUCAAAAAAAAAAAAAAAAAAACAACAAUAAGAUCCUAUAUAUAGAGGUUAGCACAAAAUAGACAAGUGUUUAUAUCGUAUGCAAAUUAAAACAAAAAUAUGUUUAGAAGCGACAACCAAAGAACAGCUACUUGCCUUUGGGGAGACACAAUAACACGCUGGCUUCGUAAACUAGUUUUUUAGUACUUGAUCCUCUAAAUGCACAAUAAACCUCAGUCUAGCAUAAAACAUGUAACUAAAUAAUGACAAAACUGUAAAUAAAAAACAUUACAAACCAAUUUGUUUGUUACUGAUAUAUUUAACAUUAAAGUCAACUUAUUAAAGUUUUAUACCUUACUUCAGUGAUUGUUAGACUGUAAAGAUUUUCUUCUAGCACACCUGGUUUACGAUCGUUUUUUACUAUCAAAUAUUGCAAAAAACAAAAAUUCUAAUGUGAAUCUGAUCCGAUUGCACUUCUAGUAUAUACAUUCACACUUCACAAUAGUUGCAUACUUUAGUUUUUUUGGAUAUUUUUUGAGACGUUUUGUUCUUCCUUCCGUCUUUUAUAUUCAUUUAAGUGACAUUUCAAUGACUUUUUUUGUUUAGUUUUUGUUUUCCCAUUUCUUGGCUCCGAAUGUACCUAUACAAGUUCAUAGAAACAGUUGCCAUUCGUAUUACAUAAAAGAUUUAUACAUUUAUUAAAUGUUUUCUACAUGUUUAUUGUGCAUAUGUUCAUGUGAUAAAAAUUGAAAUUCAGAAGAACGAAAUAUUUGCAUGUUUCCUUUAAGGAAAUAAUGUGAAAAAACUGAUGUCUUUGUUAAUCAAUUUAUUUUUGAGUCUUGGGUUGAUGUCCCAUUCACCUAUACCCGACAUCGCAUUUUAAUCAUUAGUAUUUUUCUCAGAAUUACUGCACGUGACACAGUUAUUGACAAAAAUAAUUUUUAUGAAUUUAUUAUGUUAUUUAUUUGUUUAAAACUUUAUUACUUUUCUGUACUAAUAAACUUGUCAGAAGUUUAAUGUAAAAAUGAAGAAAAAAUCUGUUGUAAAAAUUAUGACGUAAUAUAUUCAUUGAUAUCUUACGAGUUCAUUUUUUGUUGUUUAAAUUUUUUAGGACGUUUUUAGUAGGGUAAUAGAUUAGGAAAACCUACAAAAAUUUGAAAAUCAUUAUUUUUAUUCUACCAAAAUUGUAAACACAGUAAACUAUCUAUGAAAUAAGGAAAUACAUCGCAUGAAUAUUUCAUUGUUUUGUUACGUCAUAAAUGAUGAAAUUAAAAUAAAUACAUGUAAUAAAAAAUUGGGAUAAACUAUUAAAUGCAAUUUUCUUAUAUUGUUUGCAAUCAUAACAUGUCUAUCACAUUUAAAAAAAUCAAACUAGUUUACCAAAUAUGAAAUUAAUUUGACUUUCCCUUAUUCAAGUGGGCAUGCAAUUGUGCAGAAACUGCAUUAAAUUACAGGAAUUCCUAAAAUAUGUAUCUUUGACGAUGUGAUGUAAGGCCAUAUAACCAUACAUAAUGAACAAAAACAUAUUUUUCUCUUUACUUAUCUAUUUCUAUGGUGGCAUACAUCUGCCCCUACUUGUCACUUAAUUAGCUAAAUAAGUCGACUUGUCAGUUAAUUUAGUCUACUUGUCACUUAGUUAAGUAUACUUGUCAGAUAAUAAAAUGAAACUGUUUUGUAGAAAAUUAAAACAUCUUUUAGCGUUUUUCGUCCAUUUCAUGGCAUGUAAAAACAGACUUCUAUAUUUUACAGUUGCACUUAACUAAGUGACAAGUAGACCUAAUUAAGUGACAAGUAGACUUAAUUAAGUGACAAGUAGACUUGUGUUAUCUGACAAGUCGAUUUGUGUAUCUGACAAGUGUACUUGUGUAUCUGACAAAUUGACAUGUACAUCUGACAAGUCGACUUGUGUAUCUAAGUCGACUUGACAAAUAUAUAUACCGACUUGUCAGAUACACAAGUCAACUUGUCAUAUACACAAGUACACUUGCCAGAUACACAAAUCGACUUGUCAGAUAACACAAGUCUAUUUGUCACUUAGUUAAGUGAUAUGCCACCAUAUUUUUUUUUUAAAUUUCUAUCUAUCCGUAAUCAACGCCCUUUCCCUUAUUCAACUUAGAUUUUGUUAAUUAUUCAUAAAAUGAACUUGACUAUAUUCAAUACUUUCUGUAAGUUUUGUCUCAGUAAAUCUUAAAAAAAUGUACCAGUUCAGUAGAAAGUAGCUUUUAUAAUGGGAUGUAACACAUGAUAAAAAUAAAAUAACACUUUAUACAUUUUAUUCGUCCGAAGAGCUUUUCUGUUUGAAGAGCUGUAUGACCAAAAGGAACCUAAAGAUAGUAGACAAAUCCAUCCAAGGUUAACUGUCUGAGGAACCUUAGUUUCUUAAUAAUUUCUAAAUUUUCAAACGGAAAAUUUUGGAAAGGUAUGUUAUAAUUCAUGCCAGUACCGAAGCACUGACCAUUUUGCUGAUGAUACUCUCGGGAUAAAUAGUCCUUCAGCAGCGAUAUCAACUAAGUGCUAGAAAAAUGCUUUUUAAAUCUGCAUGCGUCCGAAGCACUUUUAUUAACCUACAUCAGGAACGCUCAAAACCACUCAAAACCAAAUGUUUAUAAAAGCCAAGGAUGUGUAAGAACCGAAACAUGUGAAAAGCUAUAUUACCAAAAGGGAUCUAAACAUAAUAGCCAAAUCCAUCUAAGAUUAACUUUGCCCGAGGGAGUUGGAAUCUUAGUUUCUUUAAAAUAACUUUUUUUUAAACAGACAAUGUUAGACAAAAUCACUGAUGUUUUAUUGAUGUAAUUAUUCUAUGUCCAGACAAAUGCUAUAUGUAUGUGUUCGUAUAAUUCACGAAAUAGAUAUUGCAACGGAAAAAUCCAAAUAUUGUUGACCGAUACAUGUAAUAUAUUGAUUUAAAACUAUGCAAACAUUAAAAGUUUUCGUUUUA